UCCAGCAUCAGCAUCCGUCCUCGGAGACACUUUGAGGACGUGACAGCAGCUGUGGAAGAGCUCAGAGAUGGACUCCAGGACGUUCUGAGGGACACAUGGACAAACAUCUCACUGGCCAUCACUGACGUGGAUGUUCUACUGUCACAACCAGAACCAACGACCAGAGCUGGAUUCUUAAAGUAUUCACGACAAAUCACUCUGGAUCCAAACACAGCAAACAGGCGACUGUUGUUAUCUGACGGGAACAGAAAAGUGACAUUCAUGAAUCAUGAACAGUCUCAUCCUGAUCAUCCAGACAGAUUCAUUUACUGGUGUCAGGUCCUGAGUAAAGAGAGUCUGACUGGACGUUGUUACUGGGAGGUGGAGUGGAGAGGAAAAGUUUAUGUAGCAGUUUCAUACAAGAGCAUCAGCACAACAGGGACAACAUUUGAAUGUUUAUUUGGAUUCAAUGACAAAUCCUGGGCUUUCGAUUGUGACACCGACAGAUAUGAAUUUCUGUACAACAAAACUAAAACUCUCGUCUCACGUCGUCCUUCCUCCAGAGUAGGAGUCUACCUGGAUCACAGAGCAGGUGUUCUGUCCUUCUACAGCGUCUCUGACACCAUGACUCUCCUCCACAGAGUCCAGACCUCGUUCACUCAGCCGCUACAUGCAGGAGUUGGACUUUAUGAUUCUGGAUCCACUUUAGAGUUCAUUAAACCCGAAUAGACUGAAGU